GUAAAUUUUACACACAUGCUUCAAAAGUUAUCACUGCUGCACAGUUCUUAUCAAUUUUGAGCAAACGGCACGGACGCAUCACAUUCAAUCAGUAUCAGAUCGAUUGCCGGAGCGUCAUCACCAUGUACGUUGUUGCGGUUGUCGCGCCCUCGCUAUGGCUGUUGUUGUGGACGUUUUCUGUAGUGACCAGGGCGGAUAAGCCGGUGGCAGACAACUGUGACUUGAGCGAAGAUUUGCGCAAGGAGAUCGCGGGUUACCGGCCGAUUGUGAAACAAGUGCUGGCGUACGUCCUCGACGGUCCGCACAGAGGCCGCACGUGGGCCGAGCUGGCCGAAUUCACAGACACGUUCGGUUCCCGGUUGGUCGGUACUAAAAACCUGGAGAAUUCGAUUGAUUACAUGUUGGACAAACUCAAGGCUGCGCACCUCGACAACGUGCACGGCGAGGAGAUGACGUUCGAAGCCUGGCAAAGAGGUGAUGAGUCUGCAUGGUUAAUAAGUCCCAGAUCUAAGAAACUGGGCAUGUUGGGAUUGGGAACCAGCGUAGGCACUCCUCCGAAUGGCAUCAAUGCCGAAGUGGUAGUUGUAAACUCUUUCGACGACCUACACAACAAAUCUUCGAUUAUCGAAGGAAAGAUUGUUGUUUACAACCAGCCGUAUGUUUCGUAUGGUAUUACGGCACAGUACAGGUCUCUUGGGGCCAGUAUUGCAGCUAAGUAUGGUGCCAUAGCCGUUCUGAUCAGAUCCAUCACUCCCUUUUCGUUGUACACACCGCACACCGGACAUCAGCAGUAUAGCGAAGGCAUAAAAAAGAUACCGGCUGCUUGUAUAACCAUCGAGGACGCGGAAAUGUUGCAGAGAAUGUACGACAGAGGUAACAAAAUAGAAAUAUUAUUGAAGAUGAAUCCGAAAUUCUUUCCCAACGCGACUUCUAGAAACACCGUGGCGGAGAUCAAGGGCACGACCAAACCAGAACGGGUUUUAGUGGUUUCUGGACACCUGGACAGCUGGGACGUGGGCGAAGGCGCUAUGGACGACGGUGGAGGGGCGUUCGUCAGCUGGAACAGCCUAGUAGUGCUUAAAGAACUCGGGCUGAAACCCAAGAGGACCAUAAGGUGUAUACUGUGGACUGCCGAAGAGAUGGGUUAUUUAGGGGCAAACGCUUAUUUAGAACAACACGCGAAUGAACUUGACAACUUCGAUUUGGUCAUGGAAUCUGACGAUGGCACGUUCACACCUUACGGCCUGGAAUUUCACGGUUCGGACAAGUCGGCAUGCAUAAUGAAAGAAGUGGCCAAGAUGUUUGACUCAAUCAAUGCGACCACAGUGAUUUCGAAAACCGAAACUGUCGGGUCCGACAUUGAUGGAUUUCAACGUUUAAAGGUACCGGGACUGAGCUUGAUGAACAAAAAUGAAAAAUAUUUCUGGUAUCAUCACACACAAGCUGACACAAUGGCAGUCGAAGACCCAGAUGCAUUAGACUUGAACACGGCAAUGUACGCGCUAGUCUCUUAUAUUGUUGCGGAUUUAUCUAUAGACUUACCAAGAUAUACCUAAAUACGAAUAUGAGUAUUACACAGUUGUAAGCAGUAAUUAAUAUUAUGUUGUUGGACUUCAAAAGUUAAUAUUGUUAUUUAUUAUUUUAAACUGAAAUCAAUUUUAAUAAAUUAAAUUGAAAUUAUACCUAUUAACUAAAAUUGUCAUAUUGAUGACUUAAAGUUAAAAUAAUAAAUUUAAUUCGGGAAAAAUAUGAAAUUUUUUUUUUUGAGGAUUUUACUCUCUAUUUAUUAAUGCUAAACUUUGACGCGUUAUUAAUAAUUCAACAUAAUAU